AUGGAGGAGUCUUCUUCGUUCCCUGCCGUCCCUCAACAAGGGGAAACGACCCAGAACGAAGCAGGAGAAUCCUCUUCUUAUAACUCGUCUCCUUCUUAUCUUUCUUCUCCAUCGUCUUCUCUUGCCGCUUCUUCUUCCCCUUCUUCUUCGUCGGAUUCUUCUUCUUCUGCUUCUGCUUCUUGUGCUUCUUCAACGUCUUCCUCUUCCUUGUCUACCUCCUCGUCUUCUUCUCGUCGAAUUUCUGCUUCUUCUCUCCCUGUCCUUCUACCUGAUUCUUCUCUUCCCUUCCCCUCCGCCUCCCUGGUUCGUGCUUCUGUUCCUCUGUCUUCGUCGCUAGGUAGGAAUUCUCGGUCUCCUGCUUCUUCACCUUCAGCGUUUGUGUCUCUUUCUCCUCCUCUCCUUUCGCUCUCCCGGCAGCAACCGCAUGUCUCCCUUCCUGUCUCGGAUAUCGAUAUGUAUUCUCCGCGAAACUCGGCCUCUCCUCUUUCCUCUGCUGUUACACUCCCGGCGCUUUCUUCUCCCCCUCCCCCUCCUUCCUCUUCAGGAAAUGCCAAUGGCGACACCGCGCUAGGCCUUCGUCCUCUCUCUUCUCUGGCCAUUUCUUCUCCCCCAUCAUCCUCUUCGUCUAGCUCAUCAUCAUCUUCUGCUCCCUCAUCAUCUUCUUCUCUCUCAUCUUCUUAUCCUACACCUUCUUCUUUCUCUUCUUCUUCCGCCGCUGCUUCUGUCUGUUUCCCUGUGACGCCCACUUCCUCUGCUCCGCGGUCAUCUCGUCCGAAUUCCUCUCUUCUGUCUGCACCUUCUUCAUCCCUUUCCUCUUCUUCUAUCUGCUCUUCCUCUUCUUUCUCUUUCUUUUCUGCCUUCUCUUGUGUGCCAUCGAUGCCUCUUCAUACAGCAUGUGAACGAGAGAGGCCUCUGUCUCCGGCGACGCUGCCCCCAUCGUUUAAUUCACCACUAAUGCAUGCGUCAGUCCCGGCGUCACCGCUGCUUCCUCCUGCUCUCCUCCAAAGCGGGCAAAUACAGUAUUCGUCUCCUUUCUCCGUUGCGUCGUUCGUACCAGCCAAUCUCCAUUGCUCGUCCUCUUCUCUUCCAGGACACCCUGGAACGCCUGGCUCGUUUCCUCACCCUCUUCCUCGACCUCGUUCUUCUUCCUCUCCUUCUCCUUCUCCUUCUCCUCCUCCAUCUUCGCCUCCUCGUCCAUCUUCGCCUCUUCCUCCAUCUUCGCCUCCUCGUCCAUCUUCUCCUUUUCUUCCAGCAUCGCCUUCUUCAUCUUCUGCCUUUGCUCCCUCAAGGUUUCCUUCACCUCCUCGUCCUUGCUUCGCGCGUCCCUCCUCCCCUCUUGCGUUUCCUUCUUCUCGACCUCUGUCUCCUUCGAGAGGCCUUCCGCCUCCUGUUCCGGCGCCUCGCCAACCGAGCCCCACGGCAGGUGUCUGUACACUCCCCACAGGGGGACGGGGACUUGCGACUCGCGUUUUUGCCGCUUCUGCGGCUCUGUCCUCGAGUGCGAUUUCGAGGCUUCCUGUAGCUCUUACUGCCGGAGAAGCGGAGCAGGGAGAGGGAGACUACGGAGUCGAGAUGGAAGGAGAAGCAGGCGAAACAGGAACAAGCGGCAGAGGGCCUGGUGCAGAGAAAGAACAAGAAAUGGACAUGCCAGCAUCUUCUGUUUCUGCAGCGAUGAAAAGAGACUCUUCCUCUCACUCGAUGCCUGUUCAGGAAAACGGUACAGAUCUGAAGGAGCCGACGGUACAGCGACAGAGCGAAGGCUUCGCCUCUUCGUCUUCCCCUUCCUUCUCUAGCGAGAACGAUGACAGUGGCGCGAACGCAGAGUCUUCCGAAACCUCGCAGUUGAAGUCUCAAGAAACGACUCACGAUCACCGCAUUUCUUCCUGCUCGUCGUCCUGUUCUUCCUCUUGCCUUUCCUCUCCCUGUUCGGCUGUCGAUUCGUCUUCUUCACCUCCUGCCGGCUGUGCUGCUUCUCCUGCCUCUUCACAUCCCUCGCCGGUGUCUCUGUUUGCUUCAUCCCAAUUGGUUGUGCGUCCUCUGGUGCGACAUCUUUCUUCGGAAGGCGUCAGCGAGGACGAAGACGGAGAAAGAAAGCCGGCGCAAGCGGCGAGCAGAGGGAAAGCGAGCGGAGACACAGAAAGAACCGAGGACGGCGACGAAAAGAGGGAAGAAGCAGCGGAGAAGAAAGGAGAUGAAGCAGAAAAGAGAGAAAAAAGAGAAGAUGAGCCUGAGAAAGAGAGACACGCAGAGGAAAGGGCGCUCCACAAAAGCAUGGCAAAGGAACCAGAUGAUGGAGUGGAGACACCCGAAAACGAGGAACAGGAAGGAAGAGAAGACUGCGAGAUGCAAGCUGUCUUGGAAGACGCAGAGAACGUCCGGCGUUGCGCCAAGGAGGAGACGACGCACAACAGACAGCUGAAGGCAGAAACCGACGAAGAAAUGCAGAAGGACUCCCAGCGGGCACUGGGGGAGAGGGCACAAGAGCGCUUCAAACAGAACGAGGGAGAAGAGAAUGGAGAAGCACCGGAGCGAGAUGGAAAGGCUUCUCUCGAAGGAGAGGACUACCAAUCUUCCACGUCGGCGAGGAAAGAGGAACAAGUACUCGAUUGGCGUCGCGGAAGUCGGGAGGCGUCUGCGUUCGAGAAGUCGGACUCUGAUAAAGGGCAUGGCCGAUUCAACGAGGCGGAGACGCAGAGAGCAGAACGAAGCAGAAAGGGACAGGAAGCGGUAGAAGACAGAGAAGGUCCAGACGAAAGACAGAAAGCAGGUGAAGAAAGCUGCCGGGAAACGCCAGGAGAGAAAGAGAAAAACUUCUUCCUCGUCGUGGACGGGCGACUGCAGGCUUCGUCGUUUCCGGAGGAGAUUCCUUCGCGCAAAGACGAGAGCGAAGGAGGACGCGAAAAAGACUCAGCAGAAGUCCGAAACAAGGCUGAGUCAAGAAAUUCCAGCCACCAAGAACGCACCGCGCUUCCACUGACUGGAACCGCAGCGACUCUGAUUCAUCCUUCUCUUCCUGAGAAACCGGUCUGCGCAGUAUUCUCGCCUCUCGAACAUCCCCUCCGCGAAUACAUCCCCACUGGUCAUCCUCCCUCUUCCCAGAGGAGGCCUUCUCUCCACCUUCCUCACGCUUCUCCUUCGUCUUCCUCUUCUUCUUCUUCUUUGUCUGCUUCGAUGUCGUCGUCGCUGCCGUCCUCCUCUUCUGUCGCGUCUUCCUCGUCCUCUUCUGCCUCCUCUCCUUCCUCUGCGUCUCUCGCUUCGUCGGCUGCGUCGUCUGGGUCGCCGUCUCCGUGGGUGACGUCGCCUGCGCUGUUGGCUGCGGGGGCUGCGGUGGCAGAGAGAGAACGGCUGGCCGAGCUGCGGCGACGAGCGAAACUGUCCGAGAGCCUGAAAACUCAGGCGAGGCGAGCUGCGCAAAAAGAAGCUGCUCGGUUGCUUCUUGUGGCUGCCGAGAGAUGCUCGGGCGCCUCAGGUGCCGUUCCGAUGCCGGGGACGAUGGCCGCUGAGGCGGCGGCGACCGCGAGGCGCCUUUUGGCCGCGAGCAGGCGCGUGGACGAAGGCGAGAGCGGGAGAGGAGGAGAAGAAAGGAGCGACGAAGCGAAGAGAGACGGAGGGAAGCAGAAGGCACUACUCACGCUCGGCCGCAGCAGAACCAGGCUGACGUCGCCCGCAAGAACAGGCCACCAGCACUGCCUGGAGGCCGUGACGUCUCCAUUCGGUUCUCCUUCGUCUUCCACUUCGUCGUCUUCCUCUCAUGCGUCGUCUUCCUGUGCUGUUCGUUCUCCACCUGACGCGAGAUCCCAGAAAGGCGACAGUUCAGCAGGCGGCUGCGAGGCCCACGGCGUACAGACAGCUGCGAGGGAAGACGGGACCCGUGCGAGGAGCAGAGACAGUCUGGUAAAGGGCAGGUUUUCUUCUCCGUCCUUCGCGCAUGUCGCAGAGGGAGGCUCUUCCCUCAGGCAGUCUCAGGAGAGAAUCGACGAACUGGCCAGACAAAUUGAGAGUCUGCGAUACGAGCGCGAGUGUGUGAGGAGCAUAAAGGCCGUCUACGCUGAAGCUUGUCAAAUCCACGCUCAGCAGCUUCGUGAAAUGCGCCGGCAACGCGCGACAACGCAACGCCUCUUGAACGACUUGUUGCAGCGCCGGUGUUGCUUCAGCGAACCGAUUCGAGAUUACGAACUCGUUUAUCAGGGACCUCGCCACACGAGAGCCACCGACAAGAAGACAGGCAACAAAGAGCUCCCUUCCCAGGACUCCUCGACCUCGUGUGCCAAGGAACCUUUCUGCUGGAAACCUCCAUCUUCUUCGUCUUCGACUUCCGCUUGUGCUGCCUCCUUUUCUUCCUCAUGUUCUUCCUCUUCGUCCUCUGCCUCCUUUGGUUCGUCCUCUGCCUCCUCUGCUUCGUCCCCUGCCUCCUCUUCUUCCUGUUCGGAGUCCUCGUCUUCUCUCUCAUCUGCAUGUGUGUCAUCGAGAGUCUCGGGAGGCAAGUCUCCUAAGUCUCCUUUCGCUGCUUCCUCCGCGCUUCGGAAGUCUCCUUCUUCUCCGCUCUGCGAGGGCGUCGGCUUUGCGAGCGGUUCUGGCCAUACAAAGGACCUUCUGUGGUCGUCCUCCUGGCCUGCCGAGCCUCGACGGAGAGACUUCAGUUCUGGCACCGGAGAGGAGGCAAGCUUCCAAGGAAACUUGAACGCCGGAAGGACAUGCACUCAGCAGUCACUGAACGCAACCGUCCAGUCCGUCUGUCCCUCCAUCGUCUGCGCCGCUCCUCCCGGCAAAGCGAGUGAAAACGAGAGAGAGUCACGACGCUCCGCAGGUCGAGUGGACGACGUCGCUGCCUCUGUGGAGGCAAAGCCAGGCGCCGUUCACCGGAAGCAAGACGACGAAGCAGAGCAACGUCCUCCAGUGCGCUCGCUGCCCUUCUCUUCUUCUUCGACGUUGCCGUCCUCGUCGAACGAGAUGCUGGUCGACGAGGACAUCGACGAGGACGCGGAGCGCAGGGGGAGAGACAGGACGAGAAGGCGUUCGAGAAACGCGAGAGAAGAAGAGGAAACGCUUGCCCUGAAUAUCAUCGCAGUGUCGCUUACUCCAGAGACAAGACGAAAACAAACGGAGCACCUGGCUGCGAUUCAAAUUCAGGUAUAG